UCGGGGAGCAAGAAGGUUGCGUUUGUGCAUCCGGAUCUUGGGAUAGGAGGAGCUGAACGGCUGGUGGUCGAUGCUGCUGUUGGUUUGCAAAACAAGGGCCACAGUGUCGUGAUGUACACCUCACAUCACGACAAGAACCACUGCUUCCAAGAAACAAGGGAUGGCACGUUGAACGUGGAGGUGUUUGGGGACUUUCUCCCUCGGCACCUCCUCGGAAGGUUUCACAUCCUGUUUGCAACGCUCCGAGGGAUUUAUCUAGCCAUCGUCAUCCUGCUGACACAAUCGCACUAUGAUGUGAUCAUCGUCGAUCAGCUCUCGGUUCCCGUACCCAUCCUCCUCGCCACAGGAUCGAAGAUCGUCUUCUACUGCCAUUUCCCGGACCUGAAGCUCUCUGGGCGGCGGAGUUUGAUGAAAUCUCUAUACCGCCUGCCUUUCGACUGGCUCGAGGAGUUCACUACGUUGCUCGCUCACAGGAUCCUGGUCAACAGCAAGUACACUGCCCAGGUCUUCCACGAGACAUUUGCAAGCGCGAAGAUCUCGCCAGAGGUGCUCUACCCCAGCAUCAAUCUCAAGUCGUACGAGAGGAACGAGAGCGGGACGUCGACGAGAUCGGAGGAGGCGGGGACGUGUUUCGUGUCUAUCAACCGUUUCGAGCGCAAGAAGAACAUCGAUCUGGCAGUAAAGGCUUUUGAUCAGCCCAAGGAUGAGUUCGGGAAGUUGAGACUAAUCAUUGCCGGGGGGUACGACCCGAGAGUCACGGAGAAUGUCGAGUACAAGCGGGAGCUAGAGGGGCUGAGCAAGUCCCUUGCUGUUUCAGAUCAAAUCAUUUUCAAAGCAAGCUUCAGCGACGAGGAGCGAUCCCUCAUGCUGAGCCAUUGCUUCGCAGUGAUCUACACGCCUUCCAACGAGCAUUUCGGCAUUGUUCCGAUAGAAGCCAUGUACAGCCAGCGUCCUGUCCUCGCAUGCAACAGCGGAGGACCAACUGAGAGCGUUCUACACGAAAAGACGGGGCUUCUGUGCGAGGCCACAGAAGAAGAUUUUGCCUCGGGGAUGAACAGAAUGUUGAAGGACAGGAGCUGGGCAAGAGAAAUGGGGGCGAAUGGAAGGAAAAGGGUACAGGAGAAUUUCUCUUUGGAUGCCUUCUCCCAAAGGCUACACGAAAUCAUAAGAUCUUUAUGA